ACGGGCAUCUUUAUUUUGUAGUUUUAACCAACCCACCAGUCUACCUUAAUUUUCAUUGAACCAAAAAGCAGCACCAGGAAGGACUCUUACCGAGAGCUUGCAUGCUGAGGAUCGGAUCCGAUCGGACGGACAACAGCAUCUUGGGCCCCGCACUGAAAUAGGAGAAUUAAUAAAGGAGAAAAGAAAGCCAUGUCAGCAAUCGCACGCGCGCGAGUUACUCCCCAUCGCCAUAAUAAGGCGGAGAGCAUCGCCUCCUUCUUCUCGCCGCUGCUACUGCUGCUGCCUGCUGCUCCUCUUCCGCUUUUCCUCUGUUCUCCUGCAAAGGAAUUUCAAAUAAAUAAAAUAAGUGUUCGAUCGAACGGUUGAAAAGGCUUCUGUUUUUUUUCCUUGAAAUUGAAAAAUCGCUAUUGGAUUAAUGGAGCGAUGUGGGAAGGAGCGGCCGCAGUACCCGUCCUUCUCCUCCACCUUGCUCGACGUCAUCUACCGCUCGAUCGACGAGUCCGACGGCGGCGGAAAGCCCUACCCCUUCCCUGCCGCCGCCCAGCAGCGCCCGAUUCCGCCCUCGAAAGAGAGGACUCUGAUCAGACCCCGCGUCCUCCAGCCCAUCUCCACCUCCAGUUCCUCUGAUAACUCCAGCUACGGCGGGUUCUCCUCUUCCUCCGAGCCCGAGUCGGCCGCUAGCCGCCGAGCCCGGAUCCGGCCGAUUCGCACCCUCCCACCGCCUUCUCGCUCCGCCGCUGCCGUAUCCGCGCGCCCCCCUCCUCCUCCUCCACCUCCCCGGCCGACGCAGCGCGCUCCUUCGCCUCCAGCGAAGCACCAUCGGGAGAGGACCAGGUCGAGCUCGAUCCGAAACAAGCUCCGCGACCUGGGGCGAUCUAAGACGCCGGCGUCGCCUGGCUCCCGCCUCGCCAGCCUCCUCAAUUCCCUCUUCGCCAACGCCGCGGGGAAACAGAGGAAGCCGAAGCCCUCCCCGCUCACCGUCGACGACUCGCCCUGCUCGGCGGCGUCAACGCAUUCCCGUCCGUGCCUAGUGAAGACGCCAUCGUCGAGGCGGGGUCCGGCCUCGGACGACGAGGGCUUCAAGAGAUCGGUGAGGUUCCACCCGGUGAGCGUGGUCAUGGGCGAGGAAAUCCUUCCCUGCAGCCAGAAGAUCGCGUGCGCUCGUGAUCCUGCGGCGGCUGCGAGGUUAGACGAUCGGAGGCGGCCAAUCUCGGUGGCGGAUGGGAAGCAGGCGAGAGAGGAUGCGAGGAGGAAAGUGGAGCAGAUGCUGAGAAGCUUGGAGGUCGAAGAAGAAGAGGAAGACGAGAUGAGUGAUUCGAGCUCCGAUCUGUUCGAGUUGGAGAAUCUUACCGUUAGAGGAGGCGUAGGCGGUGGCGGUGUCGCUGGCGGAGGCGGUUACAGAGACGAGCUUCCGGUGUACGAGACGACUCAUCUCGGUAACAAUCCCGCUUUUCUCGCGGCCUCGUCCAAUAAAAAUUACUAAAAUUGGCAAAAAAAAAAAAUCCGGAAAAACAAAAAUUGUGGAAAGUGAACAGGUAGGUUGACAAGUGUCUGUGUAUUUUCUUUCUUAUCUUAUUUUGUUUUGUGUGCUGCUAAUUCUUAAUCGUUAACUG